AUGUUUGGAGGUUCGGCUAGGUUGGCGGCGGUCAGGUCGCGCGCGGUGUCGAGAAGAGCGUUCAGUGUUGGACCAAGAGCGUUGCAACAACAGCAGCCUGCGGCUGCUGUUGUUGCUGGCAAGGGCUCUUUCUUCAAGAGAGCCGGUAAGGCGGCUUUGAAGUUGACUUUGUUGUCUGGGUUGCUGGGUACCGCGUACGUUUCGUACCAUUUGUACCGGGAGAAAAACCCGGCUCCGCAGAAGCCACAGACCGCCACGUUCAGCAACGGGUCUCCUCGUAAGACUUUGGUGAUUCUCGGUUCCGGCUGGGGCGCGGUGUCUCUUUUGAAAAACCUGGAUACAACACUGUACAAUGUGGUUGUUGUGUCUCCCAGAAACUACUUCUUGUUCACGCCGCUGUUGCCCUCGACGCCCGUCGGUACCAUCGAGCUGAAGUCUAUCGUGGAGCCCGUCAGGAGCAUCGCUAGAAGAGCUCCCGGCGAGGUCCACUACUACGAGGCCGAGGCUCUCGAUGUGGAUCCGCAGAACAAGACCGUCAAGAUCAAGUCUGUGAACGAGGACUACGAAUACGAGAUGGACUUGAAAUACGAUUAUUUGGUUAACGGUGUUGGUGCUCAGCCAACUACUUUUGGUAUCCCAGGUGUGGUGGAAAACUCGUCGUUCUUGAAAGAGAUCUCGGACGCGCAGGAGAUCAGGAUGAAAAUCAUGACUAGUAUCGAGAAGGCUGCCACUUUGUCGCCAAACGACCCGGAGCGGAGCAGAUUGUUGAGUUUCGUUGUUGUUGGCGGCGGUCCAACCGGUGUUGAGUUUGCCGCUGAGUUGAGAGACUACGUCGACCAGGACUUGAGCAAAUGGAUGCCCGAAUUGAGUAAAGAGAUCAAGGUGACCCUUGUCGAGGCGUUGCCAAACAUCUUGAACAUGUUCGACAAGACCCUUGUCGACUAUGCUCAGGACUUGUUCAAACGUGAUAGAAUUGACCUCAGACUGAACACCAUGGUUAAGAACGUCGACAAGACCCACAUCACCGCCAAAUGUGGCGACGAUGUGGCAAAGAUGCCAUACGGUGUCCUUGUGUGGGCUACUGGUAACGCGCCAAGAGAGGUCUCCAAGAAAUUGAUGACCAAGUUGGAAGAACAGAACUCCAGACGCGGACUGCUUAUCGACGACAAAUUGCAGCUGCUAGGUGCGCAAGGUUCCAUCUUUGCCGUUGGUGACUGUACUUUCUACCCAGGUUUGUUCCCAACCGCACAAGUGGCUCACCAGGAAGGUGAGUACCUCGCCAAGGUGUUCAAGAAGCUCUACAAGAUUGAUCAAUUGAAGUGGGAAAUCGCCCAAGGUAAGGGAAACGCUUCCCAACUUGAAUCCAAACUGGCCAGAUUGCAGAACCAAAUCGAACCAUUCCACUACCACCACAUGGGUGCUCUUGCCUACAUCGGCUCCGAGAAAGCCAUCGCCGAUCUUGCCGUCGGCGAGUCCAAGUACAGAUCUGCAGGUUCCUUCACCUUUUUGUUCUGGAAGUCCGCCUACUUGGCCAUGUGUCUAUCCUUCAGAAACAGAGUUCUUGUCGCCAUGGACUGGGCUAAGGUCUACUUCCUGGGCAGAGACUCUUCCGUUUAA